AUGGCCGACCUCCCGCCCGACCGCACUGAAGUCGCCCCUUCGUUCACGAACGUCGGAUUUGAUGUGUUCGGGCCGUGGACAAUUCAUACAAGGAAGACUAGAGGAGGAGUCCUCAACUCCAAGCGCUGGGGCCUAGUGUUCACUUGCCUCAGCAGCCGAGCAAUCCACAUAGAGCUGCUGGAGUCAAUGGAUGCUAGCGCCUUCAUCUCCGCUCUCAGAAGAUUCUUUUCCCUACGAGGAGCAGCGUCACUCCUGCGAUGCGAUCGAGGCACAAAUUUCGUAGGAGCAAAUACGGAGCUCGAGGAGUCCCUCAAAGCUAUCGAAACAGAUCAGUCGGUAACAAGGUACGUAACAGAGCAAGGAUGUACGUGGCUCUUCAACCCUCCCCAUGCCUCACACUUCGGCGGCGUGUGGGAGAGGCAAAUCAACACCAUCCGCCGAGUCCUAGACGGCAUGUUCGCAGAGCUCGGAAAAGCGCAGCUAACGCACGAGCUGCUCUCCACGCUUAUUGCUGAAGUCGUCGCUACCGUUAACGCGCGACCUAUUACAGCAAUACUAUCUGAUGUCGAUAACCCACAACCACUCUCACCUGCAACCCUACUCACUAUGAAGACACGCCCAGCCGGCUCCCCUCCAGGUCAGUUCCUAAUAGUGGACCUGUACGCACGUCGCCGCUGGAGACAAACUAGGGAACUUAAGCACCGGGCGUUUUGGCGAAGGCGACGGCAGCCGGAAGUGAGUUCAACUUCAUGUCCACGUUGCCGGGUGAUAUGA